CCGGAAGCCGUGCGCGCCGGGGGCUUGUGGGAAGCGGCUGGAAGCGGCGGCGCUGCGUCUGCCCGGGACGACGAGGCUGCGGCGGGGCCCGAGCCAGAGGAGUACUUUUGAGGAAAACAGGGUAUUUCUCUGAGGUCUAUACCUUGCCUCGAUUGCCUUUUCUUGAAGUAUUGUAACAGGAUGUCUGCACAGUCAGUGGAAGAAGAUUCAAUACUUAUCAUCCCAAAUCCAGAUGAAGAAGAAAAAAUUCUGAGAGUGAAACUAGAGGAGGAUCCUGAUGGUGAAGAGGGAUCGAGCAUUUCCUGGAACCAUCUCCCUGACCCAGAGGUUUUCCGGCAGCGGUUCAGGCAAUUUGGAUACCAGGAUUCACCAGGACCUCGAGAGGCAGUGAGCCAGCUCCGAGAACUUUGCCGCCUGUGGCUCAGACCAGAGACACACACAAAGGAGCAGAUACUGGAGCUGGUAGUUUUGGAGCAGUUUGUUGCCAUCCUACCCAAGGAGCUACAGACUUGGGUUCGAGAGCAUCACCCAGAGAAUGGAGAGGAGGCAGUGACUGUUCUAGAGGACUUGGAGAGUGAACUUGAUGACCCUGGACAGCCGGUUUCUCUCCGUCGGCGGAAACGGGAAGUGCUUGUAGAAGAGAUAGCAUCUCAAGAAGACACUCAGGGAUUACCAAGCUCUGAGCUGGAUGCUGUAGAGAACCAGCUCAAGUGGGCAUCCUGGGAACUCCACUCUCUGAGGCACUGUGAUGAUGUUGCCACGACAGAAAAUGGAGCACUGGCUCCAAAGCAGGAGAUCGCUUCAGCAGGAGAGUCUCACCAAGUCCCCGGCACUCUCAGUAUAGGUGUUCCCCAGAUUUUUAAAUAUGGAGAAACCUGUUUUCCCAAGGGCAGGUUUGAAAGAAAAAGAAAUCCUUCUAGAAAGAAACAACACAUAUGUGACGAAUGUGGGAAGCACUUCAGCCAGGGCUCCGCCCUCAUUCUUCAUCAGAGAAUCCACAGUGGGGAGAAACCUUAUGGCUGUGUUGAAUGUGGAAAAGCCUUCAGCAGAAGCUCCAUCCUUGUGCAACACCAGAGAGUCCAUACUGGAGAAAAACCCUACAAAUGUCUUGAAUGUGGCAAAGCCUUUAGCCAGAAUUCUGGGCUCAUUAAUCAUCAGCGAAUCCACACUGGGGAGAAACCUUACGAAUGUGUUCAGUGUGGGAAAUCCUAUAGUCAAAGCUCAAAUCUUUUUAGGCAUCAGAGAAGACACAAUGCAGAAAAACUUCUGAAUGUUGUGAAGGUUUAAGAAAUUAGGAUGAAACAAUCAGCACUCAGGUCUUUUUCUUCAGAAAUGAAGACAAAAUUAAAAACAAGAAGAGAUGUGGAAACUUAUUUUUCCCUGUUGACUGGGAAAAUCCACUGGGAAAUAGAAAAAAAAUCUUCAUUCACCAUUAUUAUCUUGAAAGAAAUGGUGUUAUACCUGCCUAGAAACUGAAAUUUUAAAUAAUUCAGGUGUUAAUACCUAAAUUUUUCUUGUGAAGUUUAUAUUCUCUUUUUUCUCCCCAAGUAAUGAGCUACCUGGUUCUUUGUCCCUUUCCUUUUUCAGACAGCUACUUUAUUUCUGUGUUGGUCAUUGGAGUGUUGUUCUGUAAGGGUGCACACCUUUUUAUUUUAAAAGGCAACACAGGAAUUGUAAAAUCUAAAAGCCCAUCCUCAAGACUCAGAAACAUCCUUGAAAGCUUAGCUUCCUUUUAUUCAGGAUGAGUGUAUUUGAGAAAAUAGAAGAUAAAGGCCAAAGCCCCAGAGUCAGAUGAGCCUUGAGAUCUCAGAUGAGAGAUGGUUGCAAAACUUCAGAGAGUGGAGGGGACACACUGGGCACUUAACCAGUGAAGCAUGUCACUUAGGGACAGUCAUCCUGUAGGAAAACUUGAAAAGUGAUUUUACCUAACUUGUGGGAAUCUUACUAAUUAAAAUGGUUUUCCUGUGUAAAAACAGACAGUUGUAAAAGUGAUGGUAAAUCAGACACUAAGGAAGAGUGGAGUGGAGUGAUGUUGAAAGGCAAAUGUAAAAUUAAGGUAAUUACAUGACAAAAAACUCAAACAUCUAAUUUUAGAAAACCUCAAACAUCUAAUUCAUUUGCUUCAUCCUAGUUAAGGACAGGACAUUCCUUGAUGGGGUGGGUAACAAUAUCAGGUUUGCUAUUUUUAUUCCUUUGGUACAAAAGGGUUUAACAUCAGGCUAAAACAGCCAUACAUUUAUUAUUAAACAUUUCUACCGACAAUGCACUGUGCUAGGUACUGUAAUCCUACCGUAAGUAGGUAGGUAUCUGUUCCACUGUAAGUCAUAAGGGAUUUCCCCAUCAGCAUUCCCAGGUCACCUCUGAGAGCUCCAGAGUUGUUCUCUUGGCAGUGUGUUGUGUUUGGAGGGAGAUGUCGGCUCAGAGGGUUAGCUAGUCAGCUCUUAGCAUUCUUCAGAGGUGAGCUCAAAACACACUCUUUUAGUUUGAAAGUUAAUCUUAAAAAUCCAAACAUCAUUUCUAGUAGCAUUGUGGUUGUAACUACACGUUGAAUGGACUGUACUUUAAACAACUAAGCUAUUAAUAACUAGUUUAUUAACUAGAAUUGAUUUUUUUUUAAUUUACAGUCUUAACACAUUUUUUAAAAAAUGUAUUAAAAGUAAUACAAUUUAGUAGUAGGAUUCUGUAUGCCUUGGCUAAGAAUCCAAGUACUGUGGUUCUACUGUUUAAUGGAAAACUCUGGAAGUUAAAGCAUUGGGUAAGAGAAGAGAGGCUUUUUAUGUAAGACAGGCACUGUGACAUGGAAAAUUAUCCAUGCAAGUACAGAUAUUUCAUAGUUCCAGUGAUUUGGGUCAUAUCUGGUGCUUUGUCAAAUUUUAACGUGAAAAAUGAGAUUUUUGCCUGAGCCUGUUGAAAAGCAGUAAUAAAUGCCACGCAGCUAGUGAAGUGAGGCUGACUGAAGCUUGUUCAUGAUUUUCUGCUAACAAUUAUAAGAAAUGUGCUUUAUAGAUUAAGAUUUAUUGAAGUAUAAAUAUGUAGUAAUGCUAUAAUGUAUUUUUAAGUUAUACAAGAAAAUGUAGGGACUUCUGUUUGGGUUUUUCUCUGUGGCUGAGAGGAAACAAGAUAAUGUCCAAUAAAGCUGCAAACCCCUCUGCUCUGAGAUAAAGU